AUGUCAGCAAACGACUCGUCUCCCCCAUCCUUACAGAAGUUUUCCCCAUCUACGUGUCAUGCUGCUGCACCACAAACCCCAACUUUGUCUUCAAGUCCCCAGUCGGGGCUCUCCAGUCGACUCUCCAAUGGCAGUUUCAGUACCCAGAGCCUCACCAACUCCCGGGGCUCUAUGCAUGGGAUCUCCUUCCUGCUGCAGAUUGGUCUCACUCGAGAGACUGUCACCAUUGAAGCUCAGGACCUGUCCCUCUCUGCUGUUAAAGACCUCGUGUGCUCUAUAGUUUACCAGAAGUUCCCAGAGUGUGGUUUCUUUGGCAUGUAUGACAAAAUUCUCCUCUUCCGUCAUGACCUGAACUCAGAUAAUAUUUUGCAACGGAUUACGUCAGCAGAAGAGAUACGUGAGGGAGAUCUCGUUGAGGUUGUGCUCUCUGCUUUGGCUACAGUUGAAGAUUUCCAGAUUCGUCCUCAUGCACUUUAUGUGCAUUCCUACAAGGCUCCUACUUUUUGUGACUACUGCGGAGAAAUGCUUUGGGGUUUGGUACGACAAGGAUUAAAAUGUGAAGGUUGUGGAUUAAACUACCAUAAGCGAUGUGCCUUCAAGAUUCCAAAUAACUGCAGUGGAGUGAGAAAGAGACGUCUGUCUAAUGUGUCUUUACCAGGAGCAGGGCUUUCAGUUCCAAGACCAACACAAGCUGAAUACACAUCCUCUGCCUCUGAAGAACGCUGCUGCCCAGAACCUAGUAAGAGGAUUCCCUCCUGGAGUGGCCGCCCCAUCUGGCUGGAAAAGAUGGUGCUUUGCAGAGUGAAGGUUCCGCACACAUUUGCUGUUCACUCUUACACUCGUCCCACCAUAUGCCAGUACUGCAAACGGCUGCUCAAGGGCCUUUUUCGACAAGGAAUGCAGUGUAAAGAUUGCAGAUUCAACUGUCACAAACGCUGUGCAUCUAAAGUACCUAAAGACUGUCUCGGAGAGGUGAUUUUCAAUGGAGAACCUGCUAGCCCAGGCCAGGACUUGGACAUGCCAAUGGAAGUUGAUAGCAGUGAAUUGAACAGUGAUGGUAGUCGGGGUCUAGAUGAUGUUGAAGAGCCCUCUCCUCCAGAGGACAAAAUCUUCUUUAUGGAUCCAUCUGACCUUGAUGCAGACAAAGAUGAGGAAGCUGUCAAAACCAUCAGUCCUUCAACAAGCAAUAAUAUUCCUCUUAUGAGAGUUGUACAGUCAAUCAAGCACACAAAGAGGAAGAGCAGUACAAUGGUGAAGGAAGGAUGGAUGGUCCACUACACUAGUAGAGACAAUCUGAGAAAAAGACAUUACUGGAGACUGGACAGCAAAUGCCUCACACUGUUUCAAAAUGAAUCUGGAACAAAAUAUUACAAGGAGAUUCCACUUUCAGAAAUUCUCCAGGUGACUCAGCCUCGAGAUUUUUCAAACGUGGUGCAGGGCAGCAACCCAUACUGUUUUGAGAUCGUCACUGACACGAUGGUGUACUUUGUUGGCGAAAACAAUGGCAGCAGUCAUCACAGUCCUGUUCUUGCUGCCUCCGGAGUUGGACUGGACGUAGCUCAGGGCUGGGAGAAAGCCAUUCGUCAGGCUUUGAUGCCAGUCACUCCUCAAGCUAGCGUUUGCACUGCUGCAGGACAAGGAAAAGAUCACAAAGAGUUAUCUCUAAGCAUCUCUGUUUCAAAUUGCCAGGUCCAGGAGAAUGUGGAUGUCAGCUCUGUGUACCAAAUAUUUGCUGAUGAAGUGCUGGGUUCUGGUCAGUUUGGUAUCGUAUAUGGAGGAAAACAUAGGAAGACUGGAAGAGAUGUGGCUAUCAAAGUCAUUGACAAGAUGAGGUUUCCAACCAAGCAGGAAAGUCAGCUUCGUAAUGAAGUAGCCAUUCUCCAGAAUUUGCACCACCCUGGGAUUGUGAACCUGGAAUGUAUGUUUGAAACCCCAGAACGGGUCUUUGUUGUGAUGGAAAAGCUGCAUGGGGAUAUGCUAGAGAUGAUUCUUUCCAGUGAGAAAAGUCGACUUCCAGAACGAAUAACUAAGUUUAUGGUCACUCAGAUACUUGUUGCUUUGAGGAAUUUACACUUUAAGAAUAUUGUGCACUGUGAUUUAAAACCAGAAAAUGUACUACUAGCAUCAGCAGAGCCAUUCCCUCAGGUGAAGCUGUGUGAUUUUGGCUUUGCACGUAUCAUUGGUGAAAAAUCUUUCAGGCGCUCUGUGGUGGGGACACCUGCUUAUCUUGCCCCUGAAGUGCUCAGGAGUAAAGGUUACAACCGCUCGCUAGACAUGUGGUCAGUAGGAGUUAUUGUCUAUGUGAGCCUUAGUGGUACAUUCCCAUUUAACGAAGAUGAGGAUAUAAAUGAUCAGAUUCAAAAUGCAGCAUUUAUGUACCCACCAAAUCCUUGGAAGGAAAUUUCUAGUGAAGCCAUUGAUUUAAUAAACAAUUUGCUGCAAGUGAAGAUGAGAAAACGUUUCAGUGUUGACAAAUCCCUUAGUCACCCAUGGUUACAG